AAAUUUUCUUCCAUCGCUUCUAAAAACAAAAAAGGAAAGAAAGAAAAAGAAAACCAUUUUUAAGUGCCAAUGCUAUUUCUUCGAUCCGGUAACUUCCAUUUCAUUGAAACGAACGCUUUCUCCUUUGCAAUUCUCUCUUUCGAUGAAUUUUGGAGUUUCCACUUCCAUGGACGUUGCAGCAAUCUCCAUUCCAUCGCUUCACUUCUCCAUCAAGUCCAGCGCUGCGAUCUCACUUCAAGCUCCUAGAAGCCGAAAUGCGUGUUCCGUCAGCUUAUUUUCCGGUUUUCGCCGGUUUGGGCUGAGGAUCAUCUCUGUCAAAGCUGAGCAGGCUUCUUCUAGAGUCACGGACGAUGAUUUCAUCAUUGAAGACGUUCCUCACUUGACUGACUUUCUUCCUCACUUACCGUCAUAUCCAAAUCCACUGAAAAACAGUCAGGCUUAUGCAAUUGUCAAGGAAACAUUUGUAAAGCCAGAAGAUGUUGUUGCACAAAAGAUUGUGGUUACGAAAGAUAGCACUAGAGGAAUACAUUUUCGGCGAGCAGGCCCUCGUGAAAAGGUUUAUUUCAAGCCAGACGAGGUGCGUGCUUGUGUAGUAACAUGUGGGGGAUUGUGUCCUGGGAUUAACACUGUAGUUAGGGAGAUUGUCUGUGGCUUGAACUUUAUGUAUGGUGUUAAUGAUAUACUUGGAAUUGAGGGAGGAUACAGAGGGUUUUACUCCAAGAAUACACUAACAUUGACACCAAAAGUUGUCAACAAUAUCCACAAACACGGUGGUACGUUUCUUCGUACUUCACGAGGAGGCCAUGAUACAAAUAAGAUUGUUGAUAACAUUCAGGAUCGUGGAAUAAAUCAGGUGUAUAUCAUUGGCGGUGAUGGUACUCAAAGAGGAGCAGCUUUAAUUUAUCAGGAAAUUGCAAAACGUGGUCUUCAAGUUUCUGUUGCUGGGAUCCCCAAGACGAUUGAUAAUGACAUUGCUGUAAUAGACAAAUCUUUUGGGUUUGAUACUGCGGUUGAAGAAGCUCAGAGGGCCAUUAACGCUGCUCAUGUUGAGGUUGGAAGUGUAGACAAUGGAGUUGGAAUAGUUAAACUUAUGGGUCGAUAUAGCGGUUUUAUUGCCACAAUUGCAACUUUGGCUAGUAGAGACGUGGAUUGUUGCUUGAUUCCCGAAUCACCAUUCUACUUGGAAGGGACCGGAGGGCUCUUUGAAUUUAUAGAACAGCGGCUUAAAGAGAAUGGGCAUAUUGUUAUUGUGUUAGCAGAAGGAGCAGGACAAGAUUUUAUAGCUCGAGACAUGCAUGCAGCUGAAGAGAAAGAUGCGUCAGGAAAUAGAUUACUACUCGAUGUUGGUCCGUGGUUAUCUCAGAAGAUUAAGGAUCAUUUUACGAAGGUUCAGAAGAUGGCAGUUAAUAUGAAAUACAUAGAUCCUACAUAUAUGAUUCGAGCUAUUCCUAGUAAUGCCUCAGAUAAUGUUUACUGCACUCUUCUUGCUCAGAGUGCUGUCCACGGUGCCAUGGCUGGAUACACUGGCUUUACUGUUGGACCUGUAAAUAGCAGACAUGCUUAUAUUCCAAUUGCUCGUGUUACGGAGACGCAAAACACGGUGGAGUUAACUGGUAGAAUGUGGGCAAGACUUCUUGCGUCUACCAAUCAACCUAGUUUUGUGACAAAUAGUGAGGAACUGAAAGAAAAAGCUGCUGAUAUCAACAACGUCGAUAUUUCUGCUCAGAUUUAAUGGCCAUACAGUUAAAUACAAUUUGUACCAGUCUCAAAUUCAGAUUCUUUCAUGUUGUCAGACAGUUUGUUGGUAUGGCAAUUCGGAAUUUUAUGAGUGAUGAUAUUGCCAUGCACUUCUAUUGCAGUAUUCUUUGACAACACAAUCCUAGUGGAGCUUUAAACAACGACAAUUGGUUCUUGCAUCGUCUCCCUCAGCACUCCCCUCUCAAUGAGACGGCAGGGACAGGGCAGCUGCGAGGUGAGUGAAAGGAAAGGGACAAUUCUGGGCCAAUGGAAGUGACUCAACUUCAUCCUUUUUAUUACAUGUAAGGACAAGCGCAGCCUCUUUUUUGUCUUUUACUUCAUUUAAUGAUUGCUGGUUGACACUCAGAUUAUAACUACUUCUUUAAUUUAUUUAUUAUUUCAUUUAUUUGUUAUGCAUUCUUUAUGACAUUAUAAGUCAUAAUACAGAUAUUUUGCUUCA